AUGACUUCAGAGCGUGUGGUGAUCGGUGCUGGCCGCCUCUCGGUGGCAGACGUUUGUACUAUAGCUGCAUUAGGCGCAUCUGUUACUCUUGACGUAAACCUUGAGACACCGCUCGCGGCGACCCCUUUCACGCUGCAACUUGUCUCCGCCCCCAGCCCCAUCUCCGAUUCGCCAGCCGUGCGUCGUGCUGUGCUUGUGCUUUUGCUUCACCGCCUGCUACGAAUUGGAUCAAUCCAAAAUGCCCAAUAUGUGGCAACGCUAUUAAAUGAUCGUGACAAGACACCUGACCAAAUUGCCUCCGUGAAUCUACCCAUGAGUAUUUUGCCGGUAGAGCAGUCGAACAUUACUAAUAUCCCGCUUGAGCUGCUAGCUGAGGCGUCUUUAGUAGUCGGUGGAGCCCGUGCAUUGCUUCCUCUGGCUGAUGCUGUUGCUGCCAUCACGUGUGAGACGCUGCGUGUCGAUUUAGCCGCAUUUGAUGCUGACUUUGUGGAUUUGAUCCGUCCACAUCGUGGCAUUGUGACCUCGGCGCAAAACCUUCGACUGAUGCUGGAUGGAUCCAAGUACGUUAAUAGCAGUAAGGAGGAUGUGACCGCUGCUACUGCCGUGCGUUGUAUCCCGCAGUACCACGGCCCUGCCCGUGACGCCGUAUUAGGCGCCUAUAAGGUCGUGGAGACCGAAAUGAAUAGUGCUUUGGGCUACUGUACUGCAACCAAACGUGCUAAUGCAGGCAUUCAUCCGCAAGCAUUAAAGACGGUGCUAUCAGCCACGAAAGAGGCGCUUCACGUGCUGCUACAGGGAAGCGUUGACCGCUCGUCUGUCAUGGGCCGCAAGAUUCCGGACGCCUUUUUGACAGAAAAUGCUAUUGAUCUCAUUCAUGCCACUUUGGAUGCUCUCUCGCGCGAGCUCGUGCCAUCACUGAGUUUUUUUGAGGAGGAAGAAGCGCAAAUUAAAGUGCGUGAGGCAGAAAAGAGCGCAAAGGUUCAGGAGGCAGCAGCUAAGGCUGCAGCUGCAGCUGCUUUAGAGGAUGAAAAGCUUGCCGCUAUGCCAGAGGCGCAACGUAUCAAGAUUCUUGAAAAACGUCGCAAGAAACUAGAAAAGCAGCAAGAAAAGAUGAAUGCAAAAAAAUCUGGAAGGGAUGAGCUCAAGCUUGGUCUUGGAAGUCAGGCAGUGCGUCAGUACCUUAUGGGUCUAGACAACUGGCAGACUGGUGUAAAGGGGUCGGCCUUUGACUUGCGCACCUCAAGUUUGGCUCAGUUCUUGGACGAUCUCUUUAUGCGUUUGGGGAGUGGGGGAGCUCGUCGAAAACCUAAGAUCGCCAAAGGAUCACAAGACUUCUUGCCACACCAAAUGGCUUUGCGUGAAAAGAUUUUCAAUAAGAUUCGGAUGGUCUUUAAGCGUCACGCUGGUGUUGAGAUUGAAACGCCCGUUUUCGAGUUAAAAGAAACGCUUACAGGCAAAUACGGCGAGGAUAGUAAGCUUAUUUAUGACCUGGCUGACCAAGGUGGUGAGUUGCUGGCGUUGCGAUACGAUCUGACUGUUCCAUUUGCUCGAUUUAUGGCCAUGCAUAAUCCUGGCAACAUUAAACGCUAUCACAUUGCUCGCGUAUAUCGUCGUGACAAUCCACAGAUGGCCCGCGGUCGUUUUCGUGAAUUUUAUCAAUGUGACUUUGAUAUUGCUGGUACCUAUGCAUCUAUGCUUCCUGACGCUGAAGUGCUGUCUAUCGGGAUUGAAGUACUGCAGCAAUUUCCAGAGCUUGGCCCUGUUAAGGUCAAACUGAGUCACCGUUUGUUACUGGAUGCCAUCCUCUCAAUCUGCGGUGUACCCUCAAACAAGUUUUUCACGACAUGCAGUGCUAUCGACAAGCUGGACAAGGAACCAUGGAGUGUUGUGCGCCGUGAAAUGGUGGAAGAAAAGGACAUUCCUGAAGAUGUUGCCGAUCGCAUCGAGCCGUUUGUAUGCAAAGUGGGCUCGCCACGCGAGUUGCACGCGCAGCUUUCCCAAAAUAAAAUGUUUGGUGACAAUGUCAAUGCUAGCCGUGCAAUGAAUGACUUGGCAUUGCUCUUUGAUCACCUCGAAGCCAUGAGUGUACUGGAGUUUGUUUCCUUGGAUUUGAGUCUUGCUCGGGGUCUGGACUAUUAUACGGGUCUAAUUUACGAAUUUGUGCUAACGAGCCCGGAGCACCACGUUGGCUCUAUUGCUGCUGGAGGCCGCUACGAUAACUUAGUGGGAAUGUUUUCGGCUACGGACCAACAUAUUCCAUGUGUGGGUAUAAGUCUUGGAAUUGAGCGCAUCUUCGGGAUUCUUCAAGCCCACGCUGAAAAGCAAUCUGCAAAGUCCACUGCUCCAUCGCAGGUAUUAGUUGCCUCAACGAGUAGCGACUUGAUGAUGCCGCGACUGGAGUUGUGUAAGCAACUAUGGCUUGCAAAUAUUUCCGCUGAGGUGAUGCAGACAGAAAAUCCCAAGUUCAUAAAGCAACUUCACUACGCUCUUGAGCGCGGUACUCCAUUCAUGGAAGUCAAAUUGUGA